UUUUGUCGAGGUGGUGUAUCACUUCAGUACUUUAAAUAAGGGACACAAGGAUAGCUGAUCAACCAUGCUCAUAGAGAGACUGAAUCUCCUAAUAACAAACGUGUAACCACUCCCUCCAGGUCUGAUUAAAUCACCUGACCCUCUGUGUCAACAGCAGUCAACACACAGACGCCAUCGAUCCUGUUGAGCAGAAGCAAGAAAGACUGAAAUCAAAGGUAACCUGUGAUGGACUCCAGAUCGCACAGACUUCCUUUUUGUCUGUCCAGCUCGAGAUCCUCGUACACGUCCAGUCCAUCAGUGUCCUCCUCAUCACUGGGCUCAAAUAGGUUGUACAGCAGAGAGACUGUGCUGAAUAAUGAUCAUUUUCCGAGGGCAUCAUCUGCUUACAAAGCAGACCUGGAACAACAGAAUUCUCGUCUCCUGAGGUCACCCAGAGACUACAGCAGCUCUGACAGUCGCUCCACAAACUGGAAGUUGCCCUCCUCACUGACAUCCUCCAGCAGAUCUUAUGAUCGGCCGUGGGCUGAAUCCUCUCUCAGCAGCAGGAGCAAACCGGCUGAGUCUGAGGGGAGGUUUGGGCGCUCAGUACUACUAAACCCCAGUGAUGAUGGUGAUUCGAAAAGGGCCAAACUUUCAUACAGCAACAGAGGACUGUACUCAAGAGCUGCCAGCACAUCGGCCUCAGGAUCCACCUAUUCCAGUAACGGGCUGAGCAGUGGCAGAGGUUCCAGUGAAACACAAAAUGAUGCAUCUGAUUCAUCAUGGAGCUCGUACCGUUUACUUUCACGGCCGUCAGCUUCCUCCUCCAAUCCCCUGCUGUCCAGGAGGGAGCUAGAGACUAAAAAUGAGCCUAGUCUCUCAGGGUUAGGAGAAAGAAGAAACAGAACUGCUGGAUUGGCUUCCUCAUUGUAUCAGACAGACAGAGUGACCUCCACGUAUGCACAAGGAGCUCGACCAAAAGAGAACACAUACUCCUCAUCCUACUCCCUCUCCUCCUCGUCCUCUCCUUCCAAUGCUAGAAGAAGCUCACCCAGCCGCCACCUCUCACCUUCCAUGUCACAUCGGUCCUCUCCUCUGUUGCGUGACUUCAGCAACAACAGAACCACAGCACGUUUCUCAAAUGCCUCAUCCAGCCUCCACUCAUCUCAGGUACAAACAGGAAACCCUGAAUCCUCCUCCUCCUCUUACUCAUCCCACACUCCCUGGUACACCACUCCCCUUGCCCGACCAGAGGCCUCGCUCCCUCCACGGCCAGCUCCUGAGGGUGGGGAGUCAGAGGGCCGAAGCUCCACUCGACGCCUUUUGUCCCGUCUCUUUUCACGCCGCUCCAGCCAGGACUCUUCCAGCGGAUCUUCUAGUGUUCGCUCCCUUGAUGACGACACUCCUUCGACUGGAGGAGAGUCUGUGGACGGUGAUGAAGGAGCAAGGAUGGCUGCUGUGGAGCCUGAAGCUGCAGGAUCAGAGUCAAACUUUGGUAACCUCAGGAAUCGUAGAGCAGAUCUAACACCUAUCCAGGAAAACAACUAUCAAAGUGGCCUGCCGCGGUCCAGGAUGGCAUCAUGGCGAGAACCUAGCGUUGGAAGUGGUAACAGCACAAACAGUGGAGGAGGAGGCAGCAGCAGCUACUCAUGGCUCUCCUCCUCCCUCCGUGGUCGCUGCCCUCCCCUGCUCGCUCGCCUUAGGAGACAUGCCAGAGACGAGAGCGCAAACUCUGCUGCAAGUUCUGAAGCAGGAUACAGUCGUCCCCAGCACUUACUGAGAAGAUGGGGUGACCUAGAGCAUAAAACAUCACAAGAUGAUGAUGAUGAAGAUGAUGAUGAUGAUGAAGAGGAGGAAGAAGAAGAUGAAGAGGAGGAGGUAGGGGCAGUUGGUUUGGAGGCAUUUGGUGCAGGUCGUCCCUGUAGACUCGAGGACGAGACGCUGCCUGAGCUUGAAGACGCCUCAAUAGAAUAUUCGCCACAGCGCCGAAGAGUUGGAGUUUUUGAAAACAUUUCAGUGUCGAGGGGUCCUGUGGGUGCUGCUGACAGCCAGCUGGAUGGGGAGAGGGAGAAGCCACAGUCAAGUGGAGACCAAGAGAAGCUGCGUAGGAUCAAGGAGAGACUGCUGCUGGAGGACUCAGAUGAGGAAGAAGGGGACCUGUGUCGAAUCUGCCAGAUGGGCGAGGAGUCAGACUCUAACCCUCUGAUUCAGCCGUGCCGCUGCACAGGAAGCCUGCAGUACGUCCACCAGGAGUGCAUCAAGAGGUGGCUUCGCUCCAAAAUUGGCUCAGGCACAAACCUGGAGGCCAUCACAACAUGUGAACUUUGCAAACAAAAACUGCGUUUGAAUAUAGACAACUUCGACAUUCAGGAGUUGUACAGAACACAUGUGCAAUCAGAGUAUGAUGAGUUCAUCAGCAGCGGUCUGUAUCUGGUUGUACUGCUGCAUUUCUGUGAGCAGAGGUUCUCCGACGUCCUCGGAGCGGUCGAUGCAGCAGGGUUAUUCAACCUGGUGAGAAUUCUUCAUGAACACAUGGACAAUCUUGAAAUUCCUCACGGGGAAAGCGACGAAGAAAUCCGAGACAGCAGGCCAUCUAUUGAAUUCUCUGACCUGGAUGACGAUCUCGAAGAGGAGUACUAAUUAUGUGAAAAUGGUUGAAUGAGAGUUAAAGAAAAGUGGGUCAGGGGAUCUGAGGUUGAAGGGGGGGCUACCCGGUGCCAUAUGGUAGCUCACCCAGUUUUUCGCACAUGCUUCGACAUCAUAAUCUUCAUCUGAAAUGCAACAGUAGUGAGGAAUGCUGAGUGCACAGGACAUGUCUCGCCUUGUGGCUUUUGCGGAUAUGCAAACUUGAACAAUUGUGUGAAUCUCUAUGUUGAUACCAUCACAUUUCUGUUAUGAGUGCACUUUAUUCAAUCAUAAUAAAAUAAAAUGCAAAUCUUUUUAACUGUUAAACCACAAGUGCUUUAAUGUUAAACUGAGAAGGCGGAUUAAAAAAGGCAACAGAGGGGGAGUGGAUUUGAGUUUAAAUAGUGAUGGUUUGAUUCUUUGGGUGAGAGGAUUAAGAAAAAGAAGGUGGUGAUUUUUCCUUUUAUUGUUCAUUUCCCUCUUUCUAUUCCCUCUGAGAACAUGUCACAUUCACCCCAUCAAUGACUUCCCUUCUAUGUCUGUGUUUAAAAUGCUUUAUGGAUGUACAAAUCUAGUUUCUUGCCUUCAAUUUAUGAAAUAAAGAUUGAAUGCGAACUGGC